AACAACAUAAAAGCAGCCAGAGGGAACACAUCAAUCAGAGUCAACUUCGAUCGACUUGGAAGAUGACAUCCAGCAUUUUGUGGUUUGCGUUGCUGUUCUGCAGCUUAAUUUUGGCCCAGGAUGCUGGAAAAACAGAAAUACCUUGUGAAAUGCAGUUAUGUUAUCCUGUGAGUGAUCUCCUCAAAGCGUUUGGUGCCAUGAAAGAAAAACUUGAUGCUUUGGAAACGAGGUUGAGCAACAGUGAGAACAGGUUGGAGACUUCACUGAAUAAUUCAUUGCUUGCAUUUUGUAGAAAAGAAAAGAAAAGAAAAACUAACCAACAUGCUCUUGUUUUGACAGGUGUCUUCGCUGCACCUGUUGCAGGUGUUUAUUACUUUUCUAUCUUCUUUCAUGCCGGAGGAGAAUACGAGGCAAAAAUAUUUUUGUACAAGAACAACGAACUCAAGGUAGGAACCCAUGAUCACCGGUCAGAUGAUGACACAGCUGAUAAUGGAGGAAAUGCCGUGUUUCUGGAGCUGGUGCCAGGAGACCAGGUGUUUGUGGCCUUGCAUGAAAACUCACAUGUUUGGGGAUCCAACAUCCACACAACCUUCAGCGGUUUUCUGGUCACUCAGAUAUGAGAGUUAUCACACUGUAUAUCUGAUGAAAGAGAAGGUUGUUGCUCAUAAAAUAAAGAUUUUAAAAAUGA